UGAUAUAGUUGAGGGAUGGGGGUUUUCAGACCUUAAGGCACGCAAUACAGCUUUAGGCCCUGUUGCCAUGGCACCCCUCCCGGCUCCACAUUGCGACCAAGGCAUGCCAUUAUUCUCCCCCUGUCGAAAUGUGCCGCUUCUUCUGACUCGAGUUAUUGUGGAGCACACAAGUGGUCCUCAGAAGAAAAUAGCAUUGCAAAGAAAGGCUGAGGUCAGGGGUCACAUUAGAGCCUUCCCAUCAGGAACCACGUUUUUGUGAUCAAAUUUGUUGGGAGACACGAAAAGAGCCAGAGUAUCAUAGCUCAAACGGACUGAGGCGCAGAGACAGCAGAAUACGCCUGCCACCAUUACCGCAGCCCAGUUUAAGAGAGUUACAACUCCAUUAAACUCUGCCCUCUAAACAGAAGCUCCCGGUUAGCCUUUUGCUUUCAACCAACUGUAAGUAACUCACACCAGCAGCCAAACUCUCUCUCUCCUCUGAUUUGCUCCUGUCUCCGACUUCACUGCUGCACGGACUGCUGAGAGAUUAACACUCUGUAACGAAGAUGGAUUCCUCCCUGACAGAAAUUCCCAACUUGCUGUCCAACCAAUCCAUGGAUAGCUGUCCAUCUGUGGAUAAUACAGUGGAGAACACGGUCUUUGGACUCUACUACAUCAUAGUUUUCCUCUUGGCCCUAAACGGCAAUAGUCUCGCCUUGUGGAUCUUUUUGCGUCAGAAAGGCUCUUCUUCCCCAGCCAAUGUCUUUUUGCUCCACCUUGCUGUGGCUGACCUGUCAUACGUCUUUAUUUUACCCCUCAGGGCCACUUAUCAUUUAACCGGGGGCCACUGGCCAUUCGGCGAAGUCCCUUGUCGUCUCGCAGGCUUUCUCUUUUAUGUAAACAUGUACGCCAGUUUAUACUUCCUGGCUUGUGUUGCGGGUGACAGAUACCUUGCUGUAGUGCAUGCCGUACGUUCCCUCAAGGUAAGACGCCCUCGAUACGCUCACAUAGCUAGCUUCGCGCUAUGGGCUUUGGUGACAGUCUCUAUGGCGCCCCUACUGGUCACCCAGCAGACCGCAGAGGUGAACGGCUCUACCGUAUGCCUACAGCUGUACAGAGAAAAGGCCUCACGUCGCGCUCUCAUCUCCCUCGCUGUGGCGUUCACGCCCCCUUUCGUUGCCACCCUAUCCUGCUACCUGCUGAUAGUGCACAGUCUGCGGAAAGGUUUGAGGCUGGAGCCUGCGCUAAAACUUCGAGCUCUACGCACGAUCGGCCUGGUCAUGCUUAUCUACAUUGUGUGCUUUCUGCCUUAUCACUUAAGCCGUGCAACAUUUAUUCUGGGUUAUGGACACCCAGACCUAUCCUGCCAAGUGAAAAGAGGGCUUGCUUUGGCCAAUCGUCUUACUUCCUCUCUAACCUGCCUGAAUGGGGCUUUGGAUCCUCUGGUGUACCUGUUUGCUGCUGAAAAGUUUAGGGGGAGCGUUCAAAGACUUCUCUGCAGGGAUAAGUCAGGAGGGUCAGGCGCUAACAGUGGAGAUCUGAAAGGUACACAUGAGAGCUCCCUGAGUGCCAAGUCAGAGUUCUGAUUAAAGUGUUCAUAAAUUAUUUGAGUAUUUCCCCAUAUUUCCUGAUUGCAUACAUGUUGUGGUCGAUUAAAGAUCAGGAAUAACUUUAAACAGCCUUAUGUAUCACCAAACAUGUGACUUGGGUAUGUUGAAGUGAAAGUAAUUUGAGACAAGACUGUGAAAAACAAAUGACUGGAAUUUAUUUCACAGUACUAGUAACAUCUAAGUUAAUGUUAAUGUUUGUUGCAAGCUGCAAAACAAUAAUGGCUAAAAAGACAUGACUUAUGUAUAAGAUUGAGUUUUGCCCUUUGGAAUACUGUGGUGUUUUUAUAAGCAUUUACCUGACAUGUUUGACGUAAGUUUUUGCUGUACUUUUGCUUUUACUUAAGUUUUGCUGUUAGCAGAUACAAUAACAUCCUAAGUGAAAUCAGUGUGAAACUCACUAAUAACUGUACAUAUAAAAGAUAUGUAUUAUUGUUGGCCACGUGGUACUGAUAUUAUAGCACUGUCGGUUGCAAAACUGUGGUAAGAAUAUGUAAAAGGUUAACUGUGCUAAUAUUUCUUUAUAUAAUUCCUUGACAGCUUGAUAUUAAAGGGGACAUAUUAUGAAAAUCUGACUUUUCCCAUGUUUAAGUGCUAUAAUUGGGUUUAUUAACCUAGAAAAUGUAAAAAAGAUCAACCCGGUAACUUAGUUUUGGUAAACCAUUCUCUGCAAGCAUGUAAAAUAAUAGGCAAUUGAAAUUUGGCCCCAUAAUCUGCACUAUUUAACCACUGCACUGCCAUUUAGUGCAAAGAUCAGCUCAUUUGCAUUUAAAAGGACGCACCCAAAAACGACACGUUUUUGCUCACACCUAAAAAGUGGCAAUUUUGCUAUAAUAAAUUAUCUUAUAUGGUAUUUUGAGCUAGAACACAUACGCACUCCGGGGACACCAAAGAUUUAUUUGACAUCUUAAAGUGGUCUUGUGAAAUGUCCCCUUUAAAGGAAAAGUUACCCAAAAAUGAAAAUUCUUUCAUGGUGUACUCAGCCUUAUGUCAUUCUAAACCUGUAUGAAUAUUUCAAGGAAUAGAAGAAAGUUUUUUAUAAAGGUUUUAAACAACAAGAGGGUGAAUAUAAAGUAAAAAUGAAUGCAUGUGCAUUUCAUGUAAUACAGUCAAUAAAAAAUGAUAAAAUUCAUGAAGUUCCUGUAAUAAUUAAAUAUAUUAGACCCUUCUUAAAUCAAUAAAAUAUUGAUUUUGUUGUAACUUGUUAAAGAUGUCAUACAUGUUGCUGUUUCUCCAGAUUAAAGCACUUCUUCACACUAUUAAAAAUAAUCACACACCA